GGUAAUCUGGUAAUGCAAAGAAAUAGUAAUGAGUAUCAGUUUAGCUCCAAGUCAAUACAUAUAUAUAAUAAGUGGAAAUGUAUGUGAGUACAUAGUAGUAUAGUUUGCGGCAUACUACCUCCCACUUAAAAACUUAAAACCAUUAUCCCUGUCUCCAUGUGUCAGAGGAGCUGCCGGUCAAACAACGGACACCUGCUAAUCUAUUAUAUCUAUUGUUCGAAGUAAAAGCUAGACAUCUAGGUCUUUUUAUACCACCAGUCGCAUGCCUGGCCUAAGGAUGACAAAUUUACGUAAAUUUAUAGUUGAUUUAUUUAUACCUAGAUAUCGGAGCUAAUUUGUUGGAUCCGAUGUAUCAAGGAAUUUAUAAUGGAUCUCAAAAACACCACCCGGACUUAGAGGCUGUUCUCCAAAGAAGUUGGGAAAAUAAUUUAUCCAGGAUUAUUAUCACUGCUGGAAGUCUUGAUGAAAGUAGAAAAGCUCUCGAGCUUGCUAGAACAGAUGCUAGACUAUUUACGACUGUGGGAUGUCAUCCGACGCGAUGUAAUGAAUUUGAAGAGUCUGGUGAUCCAGAGGGUUAUUUAAAGUCAAUGACUGAUUUAGCUGCUGAUAAUCGUGAUAAAAUAGUCGCUAUUGGUGAAAUGGGAUUGGAUUAUGAUAGAACGAAUUUCUGCUCCAAAGACACACAAAAGAAAUACUUUGAGAUGCAACUUUCUCUUUGUUCGACGCUUAAGCUGCCGAUGUUUUUACAUUGCCGCAAUGCUGCUGAUGAUUUUGUUAGUAUUCUUAGAAAACAUAAAGAUAAACUUACUGAAGGCGUUGUCCAUUCGUUUGAUGGCAAUCCAGAAGAUGCCAAUAGUAUUUUACAACUGGGAUUGUACAUUGGGAUCAAUGGAUGUUCGCUCAAAACAGAGGAUAAUCUUUUUACCGUAACAACCAUUCCUUCGGAUAGACUUAUGAUUGAAACAGACUGUCCGUGGUGUGAAAUUCGGCCUACACACGCAUCAUCCAAAGAUGUUAUAACCCAUUUUCCAUCAGUCAAAAAAGAAAAAUGGCAAGAGGACAAAAUGGUCAAAGGUCGUAAUGAACCUUGUACAAUAGUACAAAUAUUGGAAGUUCUUGCUCGUGUUAGAGAUGAAGAGGAAGAAUAUCUUUGUAACCAAAUAUACAAAAAUUCAAUGAAAGUAUUCUUCCCUUAUGAAUUGUAACAAUAUUUAAUGUGAUUUUUUUUUAUAUUUAUAUAUAAAUAAUAUGCAAUUAUAUGCAUUACAAUAAGCGUAAAACUAUACGCGGUGGAAUUGACACAUGAUAAUGCUCAGAGAUUGUAAAAUUUA